AUGUUAGAGCAAGGUAUAAUUCGUCCGUCCGAAUCUGCAUGGAGCUCUCCCAUCUGGAUAGUUCCUAAAAAGGUUGAUGCUUCUGGCAAGACUAAAUGGCGACUCGUAGUCGACUUUAGGAAGCUAAAUGAAAAAACCAUUAGUGAUAAAUACCCAAUACCGAAUAUAUCGGAUGUACUAGAUAAGUUAGGAAAUUGCCAAUAUUUCACAACCUUGGAUUUAGCCAGUGGAUUUUACCAGGUCGAAAUGAACCCUAGUUACAUACCGAAAACAGCAUUCAACGUUGAACAUGGGCAUUUCGAGUUCUUACGGAUGCCCAUGGGCCUGAAGAACUCGCCAUCCACGUUUCAGCGUGUCAUGGAUAACGUGCUCCGUGACCUACAGAAUACAGUUUGUCUCGUGUACUUAGACGAUAUUAUUGUGUUCAGCACUUCCUUGCAAGAACACAUGGUAAAUCUUGAGAAAGUAUAUCAGAAACUACGGGAAUCUAACUUUAAAAUACAAAUGGAUAAAUCCGAGUUUCUUAAAUUGGAAACCGCUUAUUUAGGACAUAUAAUUAGUAAAGAUGGCAUUAAGCCAAAUCCUAGUAAAAUAUCAGCCAUAGAAAAGUAUCCAUUACCCAAAACCGCAAAAGAGAUUAAACAGUUUUUAGGCCUUAUAGGUUAUUAUCGGAAGUUCAUCCCAGACUUUGCACGAAUUACUAAACCUCUGACACAAUGUCUAAAAAAGGGACGAAAAAUAACUCUUGACACAGACUAUAUUAACUGCUUCGAAAAGUGCAAGACUCUCUUGACUAACGACCCAAUCCUUCAAUAUCCUGACUUCAACAAAGAAUUCAUCCUGACCACUGACGCAUCCAAUGUAGCGAUAGGAGCCAUCCUAUCUCAAGGACCCAUAGGAUCAGACAAACCUGUAUGUUACGCUUCUAGAACUCUAAAUGAGAGCGAAGUGAACUACAGCACUAUAGAGAAAGAACUCCUUGCCAUCGUGUGGGCAACCAAGUACUUUAGACCCUACCUAUUUGGCCGUACUUUAAAAAUCUUAACUGAUCAUAAACCCCUUCAGUGGACUAAGAAGCAAGAACAGAUCCAGAAUAGCACCCAACAUAGCUAUGAAAAGCCCGAAGAAUCUGAAGUCAAAAAGGCAUUACCAGCAACUUUUUCUCUCAAGGUUCUAAAAUAG